UCAUUAAAUUCCUUCUACCGACGCAUCCAAAUAUCUUUAAAAUAACCAACACAGAUACAACACAUCCAUCUAUUUUUAAACACAUAAAAGUGGGAGCCUUUCUUCUCACACCUCAUCUCUAAUACUACUAGUACACACUCAUCUUCUAUAUUUUACUGGUGGUUAAAACAUGAUGACAUAGAAACAUGUUGAGGCAAUCAUCUAGUAGAAAUAUGAGGACUAAAGGGUUAAAGUUAAAGGAUGUUUUACAAGGAUUUGCUUUGUUUUUGAUGUGUUUGUGGUUGAUUUACCAAGCAAGACAGGCUUACAACAAGUCAAAAUUGGGUGAAAAAUCAUUGAAGGGACAAGAUUUGCAAAAAGCUGCCAAGUUAGGGAGGAAAGAUCUGAAUCCUUUGCUGUUAGAUGAGUUAGCUGGUGAGUUUCAGAAGAACCCAGAUGAAGAUCUUGAACUGGAAGAAUUAUUAGAUGAAGCCAAAAAAGAUGGAGAUGAUGGAGUUGGAGACAAUGAACAAUUGGAAGACAUAGUUGAUGAAGAUGCAGCUAGUAGAGAUGCAGUUUGAGAAAAGUUAAAACAAAUUAUUAUAUAAUUAAUUGAUAAAUAAUUAUGAAUUAGAGUGUUGAAUUGCCGUUUGUAAUUUUGGGAAAAGCCAAAAGAUUCUAAACUGAUGAAGAAUUAAAGAAAUAGAAGAGGGGUGGUUUAAGUU